AAGAAGAAUCACGAACUACAAAAAAAAAAACCUCGCACGACGCCUUUUUAUUUUGAAACGAAGGCUUCCGCCGGAAGCGGCUGACUGUCCCGCGGCCGCGAGCUUCACAUCCAGCGUAAAAACGCCGUGAGUAGCAGCGACGUCCCGCAGAACAUUCGAGAGGUUCCCCCCCGGAAAACCCCGUGGACGUUCCAGAAAAAAAAAAGAAGGAAGCGCUAAAGCCCCGACGAGCCUCCCCUCCCCUCCCGUCUCCGAGCCUGGCACCUGCACCGUUUGGACGCUCCGCGGGUGUUUCGCUGUGGACCAGUUCAACACACACCAUCCAGAAGCUGUGCAGCAAGUCACUACAGCACCAGCACCCGGCCUGCCGACACCGUUCACUGCGUCUCUCGGACGAUCAGCGUUGUGUUUAUGUCUUUGUUUUGCGAAAACGUUCAAAACCAAAAGAGGAAAAGCAGAAAAUCCUCACAUUGGAGAUUCAGAGAGCUGUUGCGCAGCCGUUGGAACCUGUGUGGUGGAAACCGAGCCUUCAAGCAAGGAGCUUGCGGCCACAGCGGCACAACAUUUUUCAUGUCAGAGACCGAGCACGCUUGCAGUCGUUUAUGUCAUCCCCUCUUUUCCAGACAGAAGAUCCCGAAAAAUCCCCAACCAAGAUCCUUUUAUCUUACUGAUAGUGCUAACACUCAGCCAAAAUGUCUGUCAACGUCAACCGCAGCGUGUCAGACCAGUUCUACCGCUACAAGAUGCCCCGUCUGAUUGCCAAGGUUGAAGGCAAAGGGAAUGGAAUCAAGACAGUUAUUGUCAACAUGGUUGAUGUUGCAAAGGCACUGAACAGGCCUCCAACAUACCCGACCAAGUUUUUUGGUUGUGAACUCGGCGCUCAGACCCAGUUUGAUUCCAAGAACGACCGUUACAUCGUCAACGGAUCCCACGAGGCGAACAAGUUGCAGGACAUGCUUGAUGGGUUCAUCAGAAAAUUUGUGCUGUGCACCGAGUGCGACAACCCUGAAACUGAUCUGAAUGUCAAUCCCAAGAAACAAACCAUCGGCACUUCCUGUAAGGCCUGUGGAAACCGCGGCAUGCUCGACACCAGACACAAACUCUGCACAUUCAUCCUCAAAAACCCACCAGAGAGCUAUGACAGCGGAUCUGCAUCUGUGAAGAAAGAGAAGGAGAAGAAGAACCGCAAGAAGGACAAGGAGAAUGGCUCCGGCAGCGGAGAAGCCGGCAACGACGAGAACAUCGACGCCCCCCAGGCCGUGGAUGGAGAUGACGACGACGAGGACUGGGCCGAGGAGACGACGGAGGAGGCGCAGCGGCGGCGGAUGGAGGAGAUCAGUGACCACGCCAAGAACCUGACGCUCAGCGAGGACCUGGAGAAGCCGCUGGAGGAGAGGGUCAACCUGUUCUACAACUUCGUGAAGUACAAGAAGGAAAACGCAACCAUCGACGCGGCCGAUAAGGAGAUCCUGGCGGAGGCGGAGCGUCUGGACGUGAAAGCCAUGGGCCCCCUCAUCCUCAGCGAGCUGCUCUUCAACGAGAACAUCCGUGACCAGAUCAAGAAAUACAAACGCCACUUCCUGCGGUUCUGCCACAACAACAAGAAGGCCCAGAAGUAUCUGCUGGGAGGCUUUGAGUGCGUCGUGAAGCUGCACAAGGUGCAGCUACUGUCGCGGGUUCCCAUCAUCCUCAAAGACCUGUACGACGCCGACAUGCUGGACGAGGACGUCAUCUUCGCCUGGGCCGAGAAGGUCUCUAAGAAGUACGUCUCUAAGGAACUGGCCAAAGAGAUCCACGCCAAGGCCGCUCCCUUCGUCAAGUGGCUGAAGGAGGCGGAGGAGGAGAGCGAAGGCAGCGAGGAGGAGGAGGAGGAGGAAGAGGAGAACGUAGAGGUCGUUUACUCGUCCUCAGCUCGCGAGCUCAAAGUGGAGACGGUGAAACCAGCUGCGACCGGAAAGGAAGAGGUCGACGACAUUGACAUUGACGCGAUUUGAGAGACUCACACCAAGACGACGAGGAAGAUGAUGAUGAUGAUGCUAUUCUUGUGUUGUGGCUUUGACCCUCGAUGACCUGUACGACCUUGGCCUGUCCCUCCUCUACUACCUGCCCCCCUCCCCUGCCCCCUCCUCUGCUUUGUGGCAUGACUUAACAUAGCGCUUUAAUUGCUGCACAUUAACUCUAAUCUAAUUUUGAAGAUCUAUUAAGUUGAUGAAAUGAAGUCGAUUUGGGGAUUUUAAUCAUGGGUGUGUGUUGGGGAUCAUUUUGACUGCACAUUGUUUUUCUUUUCUUUUUUGGUCCCUCUAUUUUUCCAGACGAUAAAUGAAUAAAUAAAGAAUGAAUGUUUUGCUAUCCACCACGCUCGGAUCGUUUACUGUGGAUUGUUAAAUUUCUACAAUUUAAAAAUAUAAGGAGUUGAUUCCCUAAUUACAUCUGAAAUAAUGUUGAUGGAAAGAAAAUUGACUGACAACAAAAUGACAAUAUCACUGGUCCAAGAUUCUCCAAUGUGUAUAUUUGCUUCUGUUAUAUUAAACUGAAUAUCGUUGCAAUUUUUGACUGUUUGUUGGGACGUGGAACUUAGGAGUCUGGGGAAAUAAUUCUCGUGUAGUGAACGAUGGAGGGAAUAAUAAUCCAAAAUCGAAAUUGUUGCUGCUCUAUGCUGAAUAUAUAGUAAAUCACCCAGUUAUAUAUUUCACAUUGAAUAAAAGGAGACUACACAGGUCACUUGA